AUGCUCUUCAAGAUGGGUCGCCUUCAGGAGUAUGCGGUCGUCGGCCGUCACUUGCCCACCGAGGCCAACCCUACCCCCACCCUUUACCGCAUGACCAUCUUUGCCCCCAACACUGCGGUUGCCAAGUCCCGAUUCUGGUACUUCUUGCGCGGCCUCAAGAAGGUCAAGAAGGCCACUGGUGAGAUCGUCUCGAUCAAGGAGAUCCACGAGAAGCGCCCCACCAAGGUCAAGAACUUCGGUGUCUGGAUCCGAUACGACUCUCGUUCCGGUACCCACAACAUGUACAGGGAGUACCGUGAGCUCAGCAGGACGGAUGCCGUCGAGUCCUCUACUCCGACAUGGCUGCCCGUCACCGUGCCCGUUCUCCGUGUUGUCGAGGUCGAGAAGACCGAGGACGUCAAGAGGCAGUACAUCAAGCAGCUUAUGACCAAGGACCUCAAGUUCCCUCUCCCCACCGUGUCGGUGCCAUCAGCAACAAGAAGAUCUUCAGCGCCAAGCGUCCUUCGACUUUCGCUUAAGGGUUGUCAUUUUUAG